ACUGCCUCGGUAUAUACCGGAGCAAGUCAUAAGACAGCCGCCACUGUCGCUGACGCGUUUUCCGAAUGCAACAUCCGCGCCGUCGUAGUUGCACCACACGCGCUAGCACUACAUAUCGCAUCACACAUCGUAUCGCACCGUCGUCGAUAUAUCGUGCAACGCGCGUGCGAGUAUCAUUUAUCUAAUAUUAUAGACGUCGGUAUCGGCCGCGUACCAUUCGCGACAGUGCGUGUAAAACUGCAAAGAAAUAAUGAAAUUUUAAUUAUAUUGUGUUCGUUCACAAAUUUAACAAGUUAUCCUCAUUACUAUUUUACUUCGUCCUGUCGAUCGGAUUGAAAGAUUUCCCAGCGGAUCUAUGACUACCUCGGCCAACCGUCGGCUGUACCCUCCUAGAGGGACGUCUACCGUCGGCGGUUCAUUCGACUGUUGGUCAGAUGCCAAAUCAACGAGAUCGAAAACUGAGAGCGUUUAGUGAUUUUUCGUCAUUCGUCGUCGUCGUCGUCGCGGUUCUAAAUAUAAUUGCGUCCACUGUUUUAAGAAAGCGGAAAUCAAAAAUCGAUCACAAUUCUGUCGUCGAUACCGUUUAGGCCGGGGUUAAGGCCGAACAUGCUCAACAACAUCAGUAUAAUUGGCCCGAAUAAUGUCGGUGGCCAUAAGGACUUCGAUGGUCUCAAACACCGUUCGCUACACCAGUUGCAGACCGGCGGUGGUGGGGGAGGUGUACACGACGUCGGGGGUAGUCACGGACUCGGCGGUACGGGUAACGGUCACCUGCAGCAAGGCAACGGCCCGUCACCGCCGCAUCAGCUGUCCACCGGCGCCGGAGGUGGUGGCGGCGGCGGCGGACCUUUCCGAUUGUCGUGCGGCGGAUUCGACCUAUCAACUGCGGCCGGUCACGGACUGGCCGCUGCCGCCGCUGUGGCCGCCGCCGGUGGUGGUGGCGUCGGGCUCAACGGCGACGACGCCGGUAAGCCGAACAAGCAGAAGAGACAUCGGACCCGGUUCACGCCGGCACAACUUAACGAGCUGGAGCGGUGCUUCAGCAAGACCCACUAUCCGGACAUUUUCAUGCGAGAGGAGAUCGCCAUGCGGAUCGGCCUCACCGAGUCCAGAGUGCAGGUUUGGUUCCAAAACCGAAGAGCAAAGUGGAAAAAACGCAAGAAAUCAACAAACGUAUUCAGGAGCCCUGGUGCCCUGUUGCCGUCCCACGGACUACCACCGUUUGGGUCCAUGUCCGACAGUCUGUGUCCCACGUCAAUGUUCAGCUCUCCAGACACCAGAUGGGGUGUGACUAGCAUGGCCACGGGACUCAGUCAACUGGCCGGCGGUACUGUUACCAUGAGCGGAUACAACCAUCAGAACUCGUCACUCAGCUCCGUGCCGAUCACGACGAUGGCUACCAAUGCUCAGAAUAUGUAUCAAGCGCAUUAUGGUCUCAAUUCACUAGGCGAUUCAAACAAAUGGCGAUUUUCUAAAGAUCAAUUCAAACCCUAUCCAGCUGAUUCUCAGUUAUUUUGAGAAUCAAUGUGAUGUUGAUGUGCAUCGUUGUGUUUCAUGCAAUGUUUUACAAGCAAGACGGUGGCACGAACUACUUUGUAUAAAUGCAGACGAGGCGAAGCUGAUUAACUGAACAAUUUUUUUCUUCCAAAUAAUUAUUAUUAAUAUUAAUUAGUGUUUGGUGAUGCGUUCUUAAGAUUAAGAAGAUUUUUUAAACUAUUCAUUAAAAUAAUGAUUGUAAAUCCAUA